AUGCACAUCGAAUCGAUCGUCUUUCAGGGUCUGGCCGUCAGCCUUGUGGCAUCGACCCCACCCGUUACCCAAGAGAAAGCUGUUGGCCAGCGGAGUGCUGAAUCAUCCGCAACAACGCCGACUGUGCUCGUGGCCCGCCAGAGCAGAACCGACCUCGGGAAUAACCCGCAACCACCGGCUAGUAUUCAGUAUUUUUUUCGAUAG